AUGGUUUCCAGGGUCCCUUUUCAGCUCUCAGGCCGGUAUGCCGAGCGGAAUAGGUGGGAAGUUCUUAACGGCCCGGGUGACUCGCGUGUAACGGGAAGUCAAAUAAUCGAAGACGAAGGUCUAGUUGACCAAUGGAGUGACAAGGUUGUUCUAAUUACUGGCGUUUCAUCUGGUAUCGGGGUUGAGACUGUGAUGAAAACCCCAGAAGGUCGUACGAAAGAUGGCUUUGAGUUACAAUUUGGAACAAAUCAUCUAUCUCAUUUUCUCCUCUUCUAUCUACUGAAAGAUACCCUACUGAAAAGCUCAACGCCUAAGUUCCAUUCGCGUGUUGUCAACGUUUCCUCGGCAGGCCACCGUUACAGUCCUAUUCAUCUGGAUAAUGUCAACUUCGAAGGGAACUACAAUGGCUGGCUUGCUUACGGAUCUAGCAAGACCGCCAAUAUAUACAUGGCCACCCAAAUCGAGCGCUUGUAUGGAGCACAAGGUCUUCAUGGCUAUAGCUUACACCCCGGGGCUUUCAUGAGCCCCAACCUCCAGAAACACUCCCAAGAAGAAAUGAAAGCUGUGAUGCAGAACAAGCGCGCCUUGGCAUAUUUAUCUAGUCUCGAACAGAGCUGCGCAACGACUAUCUAUGCGUCUGUCUCGAGCGAAUUGGAAGGGAAAGGCGGAUUAUACUUGGAAGGAGCAUCUGUGGCAGCUUAUCCGACUCCUUCGGGCGGGGAUGGACUUGAAUAUGGAUACAGCAGUUGGGCAUUUGAUGAGGCAAAGGAGAAGGAGUUGUGGGAGCUUAGUAAAUCGUGGGUAGGUGUGGACUUGAUGUUAUAA